AUGGCGAAGAUCAGCACCACGAAUAUCGUUGACAUCCCGGCAAAGUACCGGUGGACCGCUUUCGCCUUCAUCCUGGUCUACAGUACUGGUGCUGCUUUCUGCGAGGCUACUCUUGGCCCGCUCAAGUCGACCCUGCUCAAGGAGCUAAAAAUCAACAACACUCAGUUCAGUACCAUCUCUACCGCAUCCAAUAUCGUUAAUACCGUUCUUCCCGCGAUUGGAGGCAUAGGUAUGGAUUAUGUGGGCGCAGUCUAUGCGGCACUGAUUGCUUCCAUGUUCUGUGUUGUCGGUUCGGUUGUGGCUGCGACUUCUGCCAAUACCAACCGCGUAGGUCUUCUCAUCGGUGGACGUAUCCUCAUGGGCUUCGGCUCUAUCGUAGUCAUCGAGACGUCUCAGAACAAGCUUUACGCGCACUGGUUCAAGGGCUCGACACUCGCCCUCGUCAUCGCUCUCGACCUGUCAUGGGGCCAGCUCACCGGUAUGGUCGCUCGUCUGGUCACCAUCCCCAUGGCGCAAAUCAACGGCUGGUAUGGCUGGGCCUUGUGGAUCCCUUCCAUGCUCACUGUACUCUGUACCGCCAUCAUAGUCGGGUACCUGCUAUACGAGCGGUCCGUUCCCGCCAUGUACCGCCCCAACAACGGUAGCGAUGUCCGAGGCAAGAUGAGCGGCUCGCCCUUCCGUAUGCGUAGUACACAGCUGACAUCCAGGCCCACCUUCUUCUGGAUCAUCUGCGGUACCGAGAUCUUCCAGAACUCUGCCCGGACAGUCUACUCUGUCAAUCUCGCAGACAUACAGGAACGGACGCGCGGUACCUCCACCCUUGGCGCUGGCUUCAACUCAGCCUUCCAAUCCCUCUUGCAGAUCGUCACCGUCCCUAUCUUAGGCAUGUUCUUCGACCGGUAUGGCUGGCGCAUGCCUUUCGUCUCGUUCGGCGCAGCGCUAUAUGUCAUCGUCUUUGCUCUUAUCGGUCUGACGACCGUCAACCCGCUCGGACCGAUCAUCCUCGGGUCGUUCGCGCUCGCGUUCAACGUCUUGCCAUUUAUCGGCAGUAUCCCUAUUCUCAUCAACGACGAGAGUCUGAUGGGUACCGCAUACGGUAUCUGGUCCUCUUUCAUCGCAUGUAACAACAUCCUCCUCGAGAUCGCCACCGGAUCCAUCCAAGACAAGACCCCUGGCCAAAGCUACGAACGCGUCAUCUACUGCCUCAUCGCCAUCAAGGCCUUCCAAAUCUGCCUUGGGCCCAUAUACGACUAUCUCGACGGCAAGCUCCUUGGUCACUCGCUUCGGAAGUCCGAGGCCGAGCGGAUCGCGCUUCAGAAGGAGCAAGAAGCGCGCGGCGAAGAGUUCAAGGGAUGGAAGGUAAAGAAGUGGGUGUUUUGGUUGUUUGGGGGUCAGCUGGCCGCGAUGGUGACUUGUUCGUGGAUCGUGAGUUUGCUUCUGGCAUUUGCGACUGGUAUCGAAGUUGAUGGUCAGAUCUACUUGGUUUAUACUAUCGGCGCUCGACAACGAUGA